AUGGGGCUAAGUCGGUCUGGCUCCGCUGGCACAACUCAUGAGCGCGAGCGUAUAACUCCCGCCGUCGACCUUGGUGUGUCCGAUGUUCCACGUCCCGCUUCUAGCGAGGGUUUGACUUUUCAGGCGGGGCAUAGAAGAAGGAGCUCGGCUCCCACGGGCAUUUCAUUUGGUUCUCAUCCCGACAUUGCUUACGCCAGGAUCGCUAGGAGAGAGGAGCCGGUUUCCGAAAACUGCAAUACCGGUUGUAGCCGUGACUUUUCAAGCCAACACGGAACAACUAGGCGCAUCCGGGCAUUUGUCGACGACGACGAGAGAGCGGGCGGGGCCCAGGAUCCCAACAACACUGUGGCUACACAAUCGCUUAUAACCCAGCUAGAAGGAUUCGGUUGCACUAGACCUCCUACUCCGCUUUUGUUGACUCGGAAUCGCCGCUUUUCUCGCCCCCCGGGUAAUAGGCCGUCCGACUUCGACGUCGAGGGACCCUGUCGCUGGGGGUCUUUGACAUUAGAAGCUGGUACGGGGAAUACCGGUAGACUGACAUUGGAGACUUGGGAAGACAUGUCUGUGAGCGGAGAUGACAGGGCCUCUGCUAGUGAUGGGUCGGCAAACCUUGAUCGAGGGGUUGAUCCGGAUGAUUCGCGGGGCUCUUCAGCUUCUGAAUCGGGAAAUGCGACCGAGGAGCCGGCUUGGAAGAUAAGCUGCGAGGAGAAACGUGCGGAACGCGAACGGUUAAUCGCUUACUUUAAAAUUCCCGAGAUGAGGCUUCCCUCGAGUCGGCUUAAGAAAGUUGUCAAUUUUUUUGAAUGGGAGGUCAACCAGGAUAUUCUUUCAGAUAGAGAUUUCGAGAUGACCGGGUUCGCGGAUGUUGAGCAGGUGUUACUGAAAUUGAGGACUGGGCAAUGGAAGUGCGUCGAUGUGAUGAUGGCAUAUAUCAGGCGGUAAGUAGUCUUCUGAUAAAAGUGAUGGUGGUGACUCACGGACUAAUUUGAGUAUACAGUGCAACAGUCAUUCACCAAUUGGUGCGUUUCCUUUUCUGGCAGCUGGACGUCCAAUACUAAUUUUGACAGACUAACUGCUUGACCGAGAUUAUGUUUAUAGAGGCUUUGAACAGAGCACGGGCGUUAGAUGAAUUACCACCGGCCCGACGUGGCCCUCUUCACGGCUUACCCUUCACCGUCAAAGACCAAUUCAAUGUUCCGGGUUUUGACUCGACUAUAGGAUAUGCAUCUUUCAUCGGCAAUGCAAAAGAGCUACCUCCGUCGACUCUGGUUGAAGUGCUCCAGAGACAAGGUGCGAUAGUUUUCGCUAAAACAAAUGUCCCACAGAGCCUGAUGUGGUGUGAAACCGACAACAAUGUAUGGGGGCGUACGAACAAUCCAAGAAAUCUCGAUUGUUCCCCCGGGGGGAGCACGGGAGGCGAGGCUGUUCUCCUGGCAAUGAAAGGUACUCUUGUGGGCUGGGGAACAGAUAUUGGUGGAAGUUGUAGGAUCCCAUCUGCCUUGGUAGGGUGUUGGGGGCUCCGGCCAAGUGUGAGUUGAUUUCUGCUCUACAAUUAUUCUUUGCUGACAACAAAUAGAGCUACAGGCUUCCCUAUUAUGGUGUUACAGUUUCUACAGAUGGACAAGAGCAUGUUCCAUCGGUAAUUGGACCAAUGACCCAAACCCCUCAAUCCCUUACAUUCAUAACGCGUCAGGUGAUCCAAUCAAAUACCCAUAAUUUAGACCCAAAAGUGGUCCCAAUACCUUGGCGGGAAGAUCUCUACCAGUCAACCCUGUUGAGCGAGAAACUCCGGAUCGGACUCAUGCUCGACGAUGGCGUUGUUAGAGUUCAUCCUCCAAUUGCUCGGCUCCUCAACUGGGUUGCGACAGUCCUUGCGAGAAAUGGCCAUGAGAUUAUUCCGUGGAAACCUGACCUCCACUCUGAAGGAAUCGCUCUCAUGGACGAGUUCUACAGGGCCGAUGGAGGUGCAGACGUUCGUUCAGCUAUCGAGGCUUCCGGGGAAGAUUACAUCGAACAUUGUCAGAAACUCUUUGGUAAGCAGAUGGCUGCUGGUGCGAUCGAUAUGCCUUCGUACUGGAAACUCUUGGUCGAGAAGCGCAAAAUUCAAAGGGCAUAUCUUGAUCGUUGGAAUAACGCAGGACUGGAUCUGCUUUUAACCCCUGUAAUGCCGCACGUUGGAGUUAAACAUAAGCAGACUUCAUGGGUGGGCUAUACUAAGAUCUGGAACGUGCUUGAUUAUUCUGCUGUUGUGCUUCCAAACAUUGGAUACGUUUUAGCAGAUGCAAUCAAGAUCCAUGAAACAGAUUUCGAGUGGAAGUUGUAUAGGCCGAGAAAUGACAUUGAUGCAGCUAAUUGGAAAUUAUGUUUGUUUCCCAAAAAUCUAAUAGUGGGGGUCACAGCUAACAAGCUUUCUAGACAAUCCUCGCGAAAUGUAUAAUCAACCUAUUGCAAUGCAGCUUGUUGCUAGGCGUUAUGAAGAGGAAAAAGUUCUGGGCGGCAUGCAGUUGAUAUCCGACGCCUUGAAGAACUAUACGGAAAUCAAGGAUGAGGCAUAUUUCGAAGUCAUUGAACCUGCCGAUCGUCACAACAAACAUGGAAGGGAGAGCUCAGGUGAGCCGUGUGCUAGUGGUUUACAAUCUGCACCUCUCGGGAGGAUGCCAGUUGAGCAACCAGAAUACCCUUCCAGAACGGACAAUUUCGGCAGACUUUCGACUAUUCCCGAAGCCUCUUCUCAUGCGGCAUCGGAAGUGGCCCCGAGUGUGGAAUCGGUGGGGACGGCGGUUGCUCAUUCGGUUUGUUCUGCGGACUCGUUUGUUACUGCAAAGUCGACCUCUCGAGAAUGAGGUGUCUCUGUGUUGUGACCUAAAUGUAGAAUUAGACGUAGCUUGAGUACAGAUUCUGAAUAGAUAACGCACUACGAUUGCUUGGCCUAAUGAAAAUUUAUUACAAAU